UAAAAUUUAGGACUACGCCAAAAAUGCACGGAAAAAUUUUCAUCUUGAUUCUUGCGGUGCUGCCAUGUUUGUUCCUGUAUAAAUCUGAUGGUUUGGUCAUUGAUGAACGUUGGUAUUCGCCAGGACGUACGGACUUCGUGUUGGACAACCAAUUCUACACUCUUCUAGAAAGGAGAAGUAAUUCCAAACUCACGGACCUUAGGAAAGCUCAGCUAACCCGCGUCAGUGAACAAGGCGUCAACAAAUACAAUGUCAAAGGUGACGCAAAUGACGCAGCGAUGAUCUUUUUUAGCCUGAAGCCAACAAGUGUAACUUAUAAAGUUCCAUCGAUAUAUCGGUGUGGUCGGAGACGCUGCAGCAGAAGAAGGUACAGGAUAAGGAGCAGAUAUAGGCGGAAGUACGUGAACAGAAAGAGAAGGGCGCGUAAAAUGAGGAAAUGGGUCCGAAAGUAUGGUGGUCAAAAAGUAAGAAAAUAUAACCGGAAGAUCGUGCGAAAAUCAAGAAAAAAUGGUCGAGGAAAAGUAAGACGGAAACAUAGAAAAUCUGGUUAUAGACGAAAGAGGCGAAAAGUUAGAAGAAGCAGAAAAAGGUCCAGAAACGGGAGAAAGAAAUGGAGGAAGAAAUUAAGAAAAAACAGGCGAAGAAAAUAUAGAAGCAAGAGAAAGAGAUGGGGGAAGAAAUCAAGAAGAAGCCGACGUAGGCGGUCUAGGGGAAGAUGGAGAUCCGGAAGAUGGUCCCGGAAGUACAAAAGUAAAUAUUUCGAGGCCUCCGGAAAGGUUGGUGUGUACAGAGUAUCGCUAAAAAUAAAACCGUACAGUACCCAGAUCGUAUUUCUUUCGCCCAGAACAAGGUCUCUCUACAAUGGCAGUGGAGGCAUAACACGCAUCUAUAAUUUCAAGCCGGCUCGAGUAUCUUGGUGGCGUUUGAUAAAAUUGUUUUGAGAGUUAAUCAUUAAAGUCAUUCGAAUAUUUCAGCAAAUUUGAUUUUUUUUUUCGAGGACGUACAUUUGUACGCUUGCGAUGCAUUUGUGAUUUUGUUUAUUCAGAAACAACAUCCUGUAUAAAGUCAACAACGAUUUAAAACAAUUUCAAAAUAAAUAUUAAUGCAUCUGAA